AUGGACACUGAUGAUUCUGUAAAAGAAGAACAGCACAUCAGCAAGGAUGAUAGCAACAAGGGUGGAGAUGAACCAAAAUGUUUCCAUCUUCUUAAUACUUUGAGUGAUCUUUUAAUGCUUCCAAAAGACAUGCUUAUGGACCGAUCAAUCAGAACAGAGGUGUGUCCAUCAAUUAGCCUUCCAUUGGUCAAGCGAAUACUCUGCAACUUUACGCCAGAUGAGUUCUGUCCAGAUCCUGUUCCAGGCGCUGUGUUAGAGGCAGUAAAUGCUGAGUGUAUCAUAGAGCGCAGAUUAUCGGGAGAGACUUCCAGCAGCUUCCCUUACGCAGCUACCCCAGUUAUGUAUACACCUCCUUCCUCCGCUGAUGUGGCGGAGAAAGUUGCCGAGGCUGGAGGGACGUCCCAGUUGACUCGGAGUGCAUCU